CAUCUGUGUAAUAAACACGGAGUGUUUAAUAAAUAUAUGUUUCUCGUGAAACUUUUUCCGUGAUUUGUUAUUUUUGUUAAGUGAUAGCGUUUAAAGUUUGUUACUAGUACUUUGUGUAUAGCGGACAGGGAACAGUCAGAGUUCUCUUUAGGAAUAGUUCUUCUUCUUGAAGUUUCCAUGCGUUUCAACCAAGAAUGGAAGAAUCUCUGCACCAACCCAGCACAUCACAGUGUGGGCUAUAAAGCCGCCGGGCGGAGAGGGCGCGGUGGACGCGAGUCAUGACGCGCUACCGGCACGCCAGUGGGGCGAACACGGGCGCGGCCCCGGCGUACGAGCUGACAUCGGUCAUCGGUUGUGAGGAUGGUGACCAACUGGGUCUGCACACUCCUUUUAACACCAGCUCCCAGCUCACAACCCACCAGAAUGAUCUACGCAAGAGGAAGAACAAUAACUACUCGGAGAGCUACGAUAUGGCCAAUUGCGAGACCACGCUGGCCACGCCUGCGCCGCCGGCGGUCACGGUACUCGACAACGGAACAAGGAAAAGAAAACCUUCGUCUUAUAGCGUGGCAAGCGCCUACGAUGACGAUGGCACAGACGACGCGCGCUCCACAAGAACAUGCCCUGAUAAAAAACAAAACCACAGCGAAAUUGAGAAGCGUCGUCGCGACAAGAUGAACACUUACAUAACAGAGUUGAGCGCAAUGAUUCCGAUGUGCGGUGCGAUGUCGCGCAAGCUGGACAAGCUGACAGUGCUGCGUAUGGCAGUGCAGUAUUUGCGUACGGUGCGAGGGGCGCUCUCAGCCGGCCCCCUCACAGCUCGCCCCCGCCCCGCCUUUCUGUCGGAGCGUGAGCUCAACACGAUGGUGUUACACGCAGCACACAAUGCAUUCCUUCUCGUUGUCGGCUGUGAUCGUGGACGUUUGCUCUAUGUAUCCACAUCUGUUAGCAGAAAGCUGCACUAUGAACAGUCGGAGUUACUUGGACAGAGUUUAUUCGAUAUCUUACAUCCCAAAGACGUGGCUAAAGUUAAAGAGCAACUCUCGUCGUCGGAUCUGAGCCCGCGCGAACGACUCAUUGAUGCCAAAACAAUGUUACCAGUCAAAGCGGAUAUGCCGCGACCGGUAGUCCAUACCCUUAACCACUUCAAAUUUGACUUAUUAGUUAAAAAAAAAAACAUGUAUAUUGUUCAAACACGUCGUUUGGCUAUAACUAGUAAUACGCGUCAGGCUCAAGAAUCGUCCAUGUACUCCGCAACCUCUGAGAUCCGAUAUUACAGCAUUUCAACGACCAUAAAAUUAAAAUUCUAUGUUAAUGUUUGUUUUAUUUUGCAGCAAGCCGCGCUUAUGGACAACAUCCUCGGCGUGGACAUGGGAAACUUUUCACACGUCAGGAACAAUGUACCGCUAAGUUCCGCGGGGGGCGCAGACUCCCCGUCAACAAGUGACCCUGUAGACGGUCUCUCCCCAUCCACUCCGCUCUCUAUCUCACCCCCACUCCCAUCAUUGGGCCUCGAUGGCAAUGGGGAGGCUGCCAUGGCUGUCAUCAUGAGCCUUCUAGAAGCCGAUGCAGGUCUUGGAGGUCCCGUAAAUUUCUCUGGACUCCCUUGGCCCUUACCGUAAAAGCAUUAAUUUUUGAAUAUGAAAUCUUCGGUAAAAGAAUUUAUUCUUACGAACAUAAAAUGGUUGGAUACAAAUAUUAUUCUAUUUUGGAUGUGAAAUACUAUCUGUUUCUAUACGACUCUUACCGAUUCAAUGCGUUAUAUCUAAUAUACAUUUAUUAACUGUAUUAAACUAUUAUUACCUUUGUGAUACAUUAAUUUAAAUGCUUAUAAAGUAUUCUAUCUAAAUAUACAAACGGGAGAUAUGGCAUUGACACAAGUAUCUUUGUAAGAUAAAAAUGGUGACAAACCACAAUAACUUCAGGGAUCUAUAAAUAAUGCGGUGUCUGUUAUACUGUUUAAGCUUUAACUAAUGUCGUCAGCAAUAAACCCAUUUCUACAUGUUAGUUUGGGACACCUUUUAAGUUCUGUUAGUACAAAACAAUUAGAACCUUACAGUAUUUAAUAUUAUUGAGUACAUCAAAUAAAUAGGUAGUUAUUUUUUUUUGUCGGACACAAUUAUAACCUUUUUGCUCUCCAAAGUAGUAAAAUUGAGUUAUUUCAAAGCUUAAAAAAUUCAAAAUAACACUACAUUAAUUAUAAUAGAUUUAUAUUGAUA